UCCAUCUCAAAAUCCAUCGGACUUGCAAAACCCUAGCCGCCGUGGACUUUUUUGGCGACGAUUACACCGGUUUUUCAGUGGAUUUGUAUUCUCGUGGUCGGUUCCGAACAUUACUCCGCCGCGUUCUAAGUAGAGACGCAAAUCUUAUAAUGCCGAAAAGAGGACGGCCAAGCAAUUCGCAGCAAACCCAGCAAGAUGGGACAAAGCUGGUGAGGCGCAACAUAGAAGAUGCAGUGGAUGAUCUUCUGCCGGUUGGAAUAGCCAGGAAAUUCCGCGAACGAAUUACGGAAGCUUCAACCAGCUCUGCCCAAAAUAAAUGCGAAGACAAGAAGAACAAAGGCCGGAGGGAGGACUACUUGUACUGUCGUCGAACACCUACAGAGUUCUUGUCCUGCCUGAAGAAUUUUACUCCGCCGCAAAAGGAAUCUGUUGCCGAACUAGGAUUUCAAUCUAUCCUGUGCUUCGAUGCCAGGGAGAUUCCUGGCCAACUGGCCUAUUGGGUGUUAAGCGCCUUCAAUCUAGCGCGAUGCCAGAUUGGAUUGUCAGGAGGUUGA